GCGCCUCUAGCGGAGCGGAAGGGGAACUGCAUACUUUCUACAAGACAGACUGAAAAUGACUUCCAGGUACAGACUGGUCCCUCUUGUGGUCAUCAAGUGUAUCAAUCAAUCUUCAAGCAGAAGUGGAUGUCUGCUUUGCUCUGCUGCAGGCAAAAGCAGAAGCCUUUCUGGACACACUUCUGGAGCUCAGGGAGAGACACCACCAUCCCCCUCUCAAACAACCACAGCUUUCACUCGUAUUGUGGAGAUGUGGAGUCUGUGCUAUGAAGCCAGAUUAGUGGCUGGCCAGUUCAGUUUCAGUUUAGGUUGCACCAAUUCUGGCCUUUAGGUGCCACGAAGGAGCUCAGCUCAGCUCGGCUGCUCUAUGAUGCCAACAAAGAGUGAUUAAAGUCCAGCUGCAUUGAUGUUACCUAAAUCUA